AUGGUGCAGUGCUUGCAAUUAACUCCUCUGUCUGAGCAUUAUCUUGGCAUUAGAUCGUCAUCCUGUAACAGGGCCUUCGCAGACAUCUGUAUGAGGUUUAGUAUAUUCAAACCUAUCAAAUCAUGUUACACCAUAAUGGUAUCUAAGCCAUUACUGUUGGAACACAAUUUGGAAUGUACCAUUUUAGACAUUUACACAAAUGUACAAGAUCGGCGCUCGUUUCAGGCUAGCGUCUGCGUCGAUGCAAUCCGUGCGCACCACGCAUCGAUGCACUUGGACCCCAACCUGCUUGCCCUCGGCCUGCCAAUCUCCUGUCACGGCUUACGCAAAACUGACAGCCUCCCAAUAAUUCGUUACGAAAAUGUGUUAAUCGCACGCCGUUUCACGCUCGACAACGCGAAAUUAGAUUAG